GCCAGGUUCUCCCCGCCCCCUGACCCCGAGCUGCGACGCCGGGCCUGCCGUGUUGAUGUGCCGCUAUUGGAGUGGAAGCUGUGCUUGCUCGUCCUCGGCUUCGGUCCCAGUCGCGGGGUCGAGGCUGCCUCCCCGGCAACAUGUUUUCGGCUUUGAAGAAGCUGGUGGGCACGGAGCAGGUCCCGGGCAGGGACCGGGCCAUCCCGGUCGGGCUCCAGAGCAUGAACCAAAGUCUGCAGCGGAGAUUUGCCAAGGGAGUGCAGUACAACAUGAAGAUACUGAUACGAGGUGAUAGGAAUACAGGAAAGACCACACUAUGGCACAGACUGCAAGGCAAGAAGUUUGUGGAACAAUACAUCCCAACUCAGGAGAUCCAAGUCACCAGCAUUCACUGGAGUUACAAAACAACAGACGAUAUCGUGAAGGUGGAAGUUUGGGACAUAGUGGAUAAAGGUAAAAGCCGAAGAAAAGGAGAUGGCUUGAAACUGGAGAACGACCCACAAGAGACGGACGCAGAGAUGGCUCUGGAUGCAGAAUUCCUCGAUGUCUACAAGAACUGUAAUGGCGUUAUAAUGAUGUUUGACAUCACCAAACAAUGGACCUUCAGUUAUAUCAUGAAAGAACUUCCCAAAGUGCCUGACCAUAUUCCAGUCUGUGUCCUUGGGAACCACCGUGACAUGGGAGAGCACCGGGUCAUCCUUCCUGAUGAUGUCAAGGAGCUCAUUCAGAGUAUCAACAGGUUACCCAGGUCAUCAUAUAUUCGAUAUGCAGAAUCUUCAAUGAAGAAUGGUUUUGGGUUGAAGUACUUGCACAAGUUUUUCAAUAUUCCAUUUCUUCAAUUGCAGAGAGAGACGUUGCUGAAGCAGUUGGAGACUAAUCAGCUGGAUAUUGAUGCCACAUUGGAAGAACUCUCUGUACAGUAUGAGACCGAGGACCAGAAUUAUGAACUAUUUCUUGAGCUGAUGGAUAACAAGAAUCGGAACUUCCAUUCUCCUGUCGCAGCUAAUGAGCAAAGCCCAUCAUCGGGGUCCCAGUCUCCAGUGGUACCACCGAGCUCGGCUUCCACGACCAACUCCAGCCCAGGGACUCCUCAGCCUCCAAUCCAAGCACCGCCCACUCCAUCAAUGUCCCCUCCCCUUCCUUCAGUGUCCCCCAGUGCUGAGCAAUGCACCGAAAUGCCACCUGUGCCAGUCAGCGCCCCUUCCCCCUCUCCUCCCUCCAGUGCCCUGGCUGCACCCAUGGCUCAGAAACGCAGCUUCAUCUCCAGACUCUUUGGAUCCUCCUUCGCACCUGAGGCUCCGGCCAUUAAGCCUGAUGCAGUAGUCCCGGUAUCCCCUGAAGAAGUGAAGAUGCACAGCGUUGAUGACUUCGUCCCUGAUGAGGGACUGGACAAGAGCUUCUUGGAAGACCUGGCUCUUCAAAAGGAAAAGAGCAGUGAAGCAUGGCAAGAGAGUGACAGUGAUGGAGAGAGACAGGGCAAUCCCAUGGUUGCCGGUUUUGAGGACGAUUUAGAUGUUGAUGACCAGAUGCUGCAGAAGCCCGCCGUGAAGUCGCAGGUUCCCAGUAAGGAUAUAACGCUGUCCAGUGACGAAGAUGACAACACAAAAGUCACCAGUAGUCUGGAUCCACUGAAGAGGCCUUCCAAAAAUGUGUUAAAUUCCCAAGAUGGAUUCCCACCCAAAGCCACUGAGCACCGUCCUGCUGACAGCUCUCCUGCUCCCAUCCGACCAGAGCAACUAGGCAACAAACACACGACCUUCGGCCUGCCAGCUAACAUCCUCUUGACCCCCAUGCCUUCUCUGGCAACUCCACUAGUCCCAGUGGCAGCUGCUCUCCAAAAGACUGAAGACAAAGACCAGAACAAAGCAAAAACACAGGAAUGCAAAGAAUCGUCUGAGAGUGACCCUGAGGGUCCCAUUGCCAAGCAGCUGCUGUCCUUUGUGUUGGACGACCCGGACUUUGAGAGUGACGAUUCCAACAAAAGACCAGCACUUGAGGAGUUCCCUGUCCGAGAGGACAGCUCCGAGCUCUCUGACGACGACUUCAACCUCAACUCAGCAAAGCAAACUGUGCCGGCGAAAGCUCCAGUGCGGGUGGUGAAGGCGACCAAUGACCUGGACAUCUUUGGCUUGGGCAUCAACAACAAAAGCCCUACAGCCCCAGAGAGCACCGAUGAAGAAAAAACAAGUAAGGCUUCCUCAAAAGACAAGAAGAAAAAGAAGAAAAAAGUGAGAGAGGAUGAUGAGAAAAUGGAAAAAAAGAGGCACAAACCGAAGAAAAGUAGAGAAGCAACAGAGGAGAAGCAGAAAAAGGAGAAAGAAGUAACAGCCGAAGGAGAGAAGGAGAAGAAAAAGAAGAAGAAGAAGGCUAAGAACAAAUCUGAAGCGGAUAUGGACGAUUUGGAGAAUUUUCUGAUUGGCAGUGGCGAUAAUCAUGCAAGGAGCAGGGGAACAGGAGACUACGAGGAGCUAUAGACUGGUCAUCAGUACUAGUGUUUGUCUUGGUAUUACAACCCUGUCCAUUCCACACUUUCAGUCUCUCUCUAACACUGGUGCAAAGCAUGUGCCCUGGCUUUGUGGCAGAAGCUGUUUGUCCUAAGUACUCCUUGUUCCACUCAACCUCCAUCACGAGUCUCUAAGUAUUCCCCAGUGCUGGAAAGGAUGUGUCGAAUUGUGUAUCGAUGCAGGUGAGUCAGGGUCUGAAUUGAAAGCUUCAACCAGGCUGCCUUCAAGCUUAAACAGGCCCCUACGGCAGCUUACAUUCACAUUUCUCAAGAAAUGGGUGGAUUUCUUGAAGUUGAAACUGGUGGAUUUAGUCUUUAGUAAAGUUCACCUUCAUCAGAAUUUGUUGCAUUUCUACCAUCUGGAUUUGGAAUGUCGCCCUGACUGCGGACAACCCAUCACUCGUGCUCUGUGCUCGCUUUCAGGCUUGUACCCAGGUAAGAAUGGCUCAGUGCCCUACCCCUCCCAUGUAAAUUGGAAACUCACCAGAUCUACAGCACUGAACCAAUGCUCCAACUCAUACUUGGCCCUGUGCCUUUAAAACUGGCAGUAAACUCAGGCAGUAUGGAAGUCUUGUGACUAAAGACUCUUAAAAACAAAACUAUGCCUUCCCUUGCCCUUCUUUUCAGUUGUACUGACUGGAUCCUUGAACCCUAAACCACUAAGAGUUUGGAUACACUAACCCGCCCUUGACUCUUCAAACUGCUGAGCUGUCGAUGACUGGCCUCUUGCCCAUUCACUCACAGUGGGUAUGUCGGGGUUGGUUAAUGAGCGUAGUCCCGUGGGGUAAUUAAAACCUGUUUCACCAGGUUCUCAGUGUGUGGUUCUGACUUCCAUUACCACUGAAUUGAUUAAAAUCAGUGUAAUUAAGGCAGCUUCAAAUAAAAAUGGAAUGAUUAGUAUCUAAUUGUUGAGUGUAGAGUUUUUAUAGCCAUCAAGAUAACUACCAGAAUGUAAAGCCAGUCAUUUCCCUGAUCUAACAUGGUUCCUUUGCAUGCUGCUGUCCCUGACUACGAGCAGUAUAGGGUGAGCCCAUGUGAAUGGGACAUCAGUAGCCCAGCAGAGGUCAGAGUUCAUGGCCCCAGGAUGAAACCAGCAAUGGGAGGGAGUUAAUGUGACUCCACCCUUUUGAUCCGCUCCAAGUAGAAUUUGUAUCCUGAGUUUCCCUCUAGAAUAAACGGUUGGAGAAAUUGCCAGCUCUCAAGUUAUUGCACUGGCUUGCUCAGUUUUAGUUUGUUUUCCCAAAUUUUCCAGUGAUUCACUACAGGAGAAGUCUUUUGUUACAUGUACUGCUAGUGAAAUAUUUUGCCAAUCUCACUGUCAUUGGAGGUGUGGGGUCAUAACUCACCAACAGACCAUUUGGCCCACUGAGCCUGCUUCGACCUCUAGGCACCCAUAUACUCCAAUCCCAAUAUCCCCUUGUAUUCCCCCACUCUCCAAAACCAGUUAACCUAUUCUAUUCCUCAGCUACACCCUAGGGACAAUUUACAGCAGCUCGUUAACCUCCCAACCACAAGUGUUUGGGAUGUGGGAGGAAACUGAGAACCAUGUGGUCACAGGAAGACCGUGCUGGUGCCCGAGGUCAUGCUCAAACCAGAGUGACUGGAGCAAUGAAGCAGUGGUGUCAACAAUUGAAGACUGAGUUCAUCCGUCACCAGUCUGCCCUCACUGCUCCCUUGCCCGUGUCUAUUCACUCCCCUUACCCAUGGGCAGGCAGUGGGGAACUGUGACACAUUAGUAAAGCACUGUCUCGAACUGUUCCGUCUUCACGUCCACACGUUGUGUGCAGGCAGGGGCCCUUUCUGCUGUGGUGUCGUAUCCAUAGUUAGCUUCUAUGGCCCGUUAUGCCAUUGAGGUUGUAGAAGGGCAACAGAAGAGCUAUAGCUUAGUGAGGUUUGCUGAAGAGAGUAAACUCUCAUUCAUGGAGUUGCCUUGACCAAGCUGCAGGAGGGCUGGGGUGUCCAGGGGGGCAGCACUUCCAGACUGUGAAUGGGCAGAGUAAAGCAGAGACCAAACAUCAGAUCGUACUGCUAGCCUGUGAAAUUCAGCUGACCCUACACCAUGGGGUCCCACACUCUACAAAGUGUUCCAGAGAGUCUCAGCUAACUUCAGUAAAUGUUCACACCUUGCCUUCAGCUGCUCCUGCAAAGAUCCUAAAUUAAUGAACUCUGAUUCGUGCCCUUCCCACUAACUGAAACCUCUUAUUUACUCUGAAUACCACUCCCUGUUGAUGCAGGUAAGCUGUUUCUUUAGUUCAUUCCUGUCCCUCGGGGAAGGAAAUCGCCAGCCUCGCCAGGUUUUCAGAGCCGGUCACAGCUCGCUUUGUUCGGUGGGCAGUGCCAGCCCGGUCAGUGAAACCCACCAACUGCAAAUCUGUUUUAAAACAUGAAAAUGUUUUUUUUAAACUGUAGAAGCUGGAAAUCCAAAACAAAACCAGAGGUUGCUGGAAGCAUUCAGCAGGUCUGGCAGAAUCUGUGGGGGAAUAAAAAGCAUAAAGUUUCAGGUCCAAGUGAUUCCUCUAAGCCAGUCGGCUCAUCAAUUUGAAAAGUUAACUCUCUUACUCUCACUAUAGAUGCUGUGUGACCUGCUUAGUGUUACCAGCAUUUUCUGUCUUUGUUUAAAAAAAAUUGAUGUAGGGAAUUCCCUAACGUGGCAGGGCGGGCUGGAGUGCUCUAAUGUUGCUGACUUUGGUGCCUUCACUGUUGGAGGAUCAGAUGUUUGUUUUCCAGUAUGGCUGGUGGGUGAUGGUGCUAAUUAAUGGUUAUAAUUCUGUGGAAAGCAAAUGGAGCAUUCAGCAACGCAGAGAAUUACAUCAUCAAAGACCCCCCCCACCACUGGCUUCUGCCUUGGAGAAUGUGACCUGUCACAGCAGGGCUGAGAGAGUUUGGAGCCUUCCCCUGCACCAUGUAAACAUUUUCAAUUAUAUUUCUGCAUUAAAGACAAAAAAACAUA